AUGGCGGAAGAAGAAGAUCCUCUCAUCAAGGCUCUGCCGCCAGCGACCGACUAUCUCACUUACCUCACCCUGUUGGAGUACCAAUUGACCCCCGCUCGCUUGCCCACUCUGCAUAAGCUGUUACAAGAUGAGACCCUAACAACAAACAUUGGCUGGGAUCUGGUCCAGCUUUUACUACCAAUGCUACCCCAAUCGCUGGAAUGCUUGCAAGAUGUUGCUCGCCUUGGUAACCCCAGAGAAGUUAUUCUGAGGGUUUCUGAUGCUCUGAUGCGGCUUCAACCUGAUGAGGACGACUCUAACGCUCACACCCCACCAGGAGAUGUUGCGACGGAAACUCAGUCUAAAUCAACCACCAACGAUAAUGAUAGACCGGGCGAAGGAACAACAACGCCUCCACGAUAUGUUGUACAAUUCAACUCUCUUGUCGCUAUGCUCUCUAUAUUACAUUCCCGCAUUCAGACCAAAUCCCCGAGCCGAUUUCUCGCGACAUCCCUCCAGGCAGUUCUAGAAGCAUACACCACACUGCCAACCAGUGAGACAACAAUUGCACUUUUGGAGUUUCUCCGUGACGUGUCUCCGACGAAAAGGCCAGCUCCACCUCCUAGAUCGGCCAGCGAGUCUGGUGUGUUGCGAGUGUCAGCCGCGUCGGCCCCAGAUCCCGAAGCCGAGGUUCCAUCUCCAUCGCCGAAGACCAAUGACGAGCAGGUUCUUGUCAAACGCUUCUUACAGUUUGGCCUGAUCGAACUGCUCAAAUCUUAUUUACUGGGUCUGGCCGGUCCCAUGGACCCAGGGAUGUCCUGGGCCAUCCGGUUGCAUGAAAAGCUUCAUCCCGAGACGCGCUUACCCGGGAAGGCCUCGCAAACCGAUGUGUACUGCAGUAACAACUAUUUGAAAGACAGAGAUAUGAUACUGGCGAAGAUAAUUGCUUUGUCGAGUGACUUUGGUUUGAGCGACGAUCAACUGCUCGCAAUUGCCCUCGAGCCUGCUAAAAACCAGCCUGCGCCAUUGGACUUUGACGAGGCCCCCAAAAAUGUCGAGGACAUCCCGCUGGAGAGACAUGGCUCGCUGUUACUGCUCGCUGGACGGGCCGCCAUGGCUGAGCUGUUCUCGUCCGGACAGGUCCCUCCCAUUCCGCUGUUCCCCGAUCUAGCCCGUAUCUAUUCCAAUUUCAUCGGGCAAGUCAAAUCUCCGGACGAUGUAGCAUUCGGGCAGCCGCAGCCACUUCUAGACUCUCUACUCACACUGACCACCCUUUCAUUACGCAACAACGCGAUCGGAGAACCCACAGACGACAAGGAAUUUUACGAUCUUCUUCUCGCAGUGACUGCUUGCACGACCCGGCAGCCGUACAGCGUCAUCCGGCAGCUCCCUGAAGUCAUUGUCCACAGCCAUCCCUCUCAAAGCACCCGCUUCAAAGUCAUCCGCAGGGUCCUGGAGGACGAGCAGCUGCUGACGGUAAAGGACCGCGCAGUCGGGUGGCUGAAGAAGGAGAUUCUGGCUGCGUCAGCUCAAUCCUCCAAUAACGCCACAAGCAUCUUCCUCAACCCUCACUACUUCUCUKUUCUGUUCCCGCUGCUUUUCAACUCAGCCGAUAUACUUCUCAACGUAUCCGCCGACAUCGCAGCGUCGUGGAUCCGAUUCUCUCAGACACUGGCUCCAUCCAUCCAUGCCGCAUUGAGCCUGUACUACAUCCUGCUCCAAUCUUCAACGCUCCGGACGCAGUUACAGCUCGAGAAGACCUACCCUUACUUCCGCAAUCGAUUCCUGGAACCCCUCAAGACCCUCUGUCAUGCCUUCGAGACAGAGAUGACGCAGAACGGCGGUGAUGGCCGCAUCGAGGCCGCUGUCGGAGCGGAGAUGUCUCAGAUCGGCAUGGCCCGCUCCGUAGGGCUCAUCUCGCAUGUCGUCGAACAGGUCGAGGAUGCGCUGGAGAAUGCGUUCGCGAACACGGAUCUGGGGUCGUCGGAGCCGAGUGCGGAUGAUAUCGCUCGGGUGGAUGCUAUUCGGAAGGAGACGGUACUUUGA